AACAGUUGAUGCGUGAUGGUUUGUCUGGGUCAGAGUGUACUGGUGUCCUCUGUAGCCCACCUAAUAAAAUCCUCUCAAUCCAUUCCGAAAGGUUCAUCCACCUUCCGUCAGAGCUCAAGAUCGGCCAUGGACUCGCCACCGCUUAGCCCCGCUCUGCUCGCGCUGUCCCUGCUCCUCCUCCUAGCGCUCUACAUCGCUCGCCGGCGCCGCGGCGGAGGCAGGAACCGGAACUACCCGCCCGUGGCGGGCACCGUGUUCCACCAGCUGCUCAAUUUCGGCCGGCUGAUGGAGUACCAGACGGAGCUCGCCCAGAGGUACCGCACCUUCCGCAUGCUCACCCCGACCUGCAACUACGUGUACACCGUCGAGCCCGCCAACGUGGAGUACAUGCUCAAGACCAACUUCGCCAACUACGGCAAGGGGGUGAUGACCCACGACGUGCUGGAGGACCUCCUCGGCGACGGCAUCUUCAACGUGGACGGCGCCAAGUGGCGGCACCAGCGGAAGGUCGCCAGCCACGAGUUCUCCACGCGAGUGCUGCGCGACUACAGCAGCGGCGUGUUCCGCGACACGGCCGCGGAGCUCGCGGGCAUCGUGGCCAUGGCCGCUGGCGCCGGGGAGAGGCUGGAUGUCGCCGACCUGCUGUUGCGGUCGACGCUGGACUCCAUGUUCAAGGUCGGGUUCGGGGUCAACCUGGGCUCGCUGUCCGGCUGCAGCGACGAGGGCGCGGCGGCGUUCGCCAGGGCGUUCGACGACGCCAGCGAGCAGGUCCUGUACCGCUUCUUCGACGUGUCCUGGAAGCUCAAGAGGCUCCUCAACAUCUCGUCGGAGGCGGCCAUGAAGGGGUCGAUCCGCACCAUUGAUGGAUUCGUGUACGGCGUCAUCGACAGGAAGAUCGAGCAGAUGGGCAGAGACCAACAGGAAUUCGCCAAGAAAGAGGACAUCUUGUCGAGGUUCCUGAUGGAGCGGGAGAGCGAUCCCGGCUGCUUCGACAACAAGUACCUGCGGGACAUCAUCCUCAACUUCGUGAUCGCCGGCCGCGACACCACGGCGGGGACGCUGUCGUGGUUCCUCUACAUGCUCUGCAGGAACCAGCACAUCCAGGACAAGGUCGCGCGGGAGGUCCGUGCCGCCACCACGGGCGACCGCGACGUCGGCGUCCAGGAGUUCGUCGCGUUCUUAACCGAGGACGCCAUCAGCAGAAUGCAGUACCUGCACGCCGUGCUGACGGAGACGCUUCGGCUGUACCCGGCUGUGCCCAUCGAUGUGAAGUAUUGCUUUUCGGAUGACACGUUACCGGACGGCUACGCUGUCAAGAAAGGUGACAUGGUGAACUACCAGCCGUACCAAAUGGGCAGGAUGAAGUUCCUGUGGGGCGCGGACGCCGAGGAGUUCAGGCCGGAGAGGUGGCUCGGCGACGACGGCGUGUUCGUCCCCGAGAGCCCCUUCAAGUUCACGGCUUUCCAGGCGGGGCCUCGCGUCUGCUUGGGAAAGGAGUUCGCGUACAGGCAGAUGAAGAUCUUCGCGGCGGUGCUGCUCUACCUCUUCAGAUUUGAGAUGUGGGAAGCCAAUGCUACCGUGGGUUUCCGGCCCAUGCUCACGCUCAAAAUGGAUGGCCCGCUGUAUGUUCGUGCAACGCUCCGGCAAUGAGGUGGGCGGCGGUGUAUGCCCCCAUCGUUCUAGCAGCAGCACUUUGAAAGUAGAAUUGCGCUAUUUCCAUCUGAUGCCAUCUUGGAUAACGUCGAGGCUCAGAAUGUACUACUGUGUUAUUUUCAGAGAUGUAGGAACAAGUUGGUCAGAGCAAAUAUGGUUUGACCGGGUAAAUUAUUGUACUGCCCUAAGUGCUUACUAUACAAUCUAAAUAAACACUCUGAUUCAGUUAUUAUCUUUUUAA